CCGACAGCUCGCCCGGCCGCGCGCUAUGUGACGCGGUAACACGAAACGAAACUUUUUGGCAAUUGUUUAGAUUAAAAAAAAGUGUGUUUGUGCCAGUGAAUGGUAAAGUGAAUUGGUUAAAAUAGAUAUCAAUGUGCAGUGAAAUGUGAAGAAGUGUCUAUGAGUGUUAAACAAAAAUGAGACCGCCGAAUUUGCAUAACAAUGACGCUCCGCCGGUGUGACAGCCUGCCCACGCACCUUCGGGAUGCGCCCGCCCCGGCGCCUGACCCGCAGCCGAGGCUCCCCGACUCAACCACCGUCCCGGACUUCGCCGAGCCCCCCGACCGGGAUCAAGUCAUCGCCACUUGGAAGUCCCUUCACACGGACGUCACGAAAAUAAAAAAUGGCUUCCCACCCAAAAACGGGCCGAAUCAUGCCGCCGACAAAAAGCCCAUUACGCACAAUUUCGCCCCAGCAUUCACGUGUAACAAUAGACGGAUCACUUAUGAUAAUCGGCAAGUUGGGGCGGCGCAGGAGGUGGAUCGGAGCUCGUCAUACCCUCUGGACACGGGCCAAACGACGGCUACUGUGGAGAGCACGAGCUUGGUCAGGCGGAGGACUUUGCUGGAGCGUCUCCUGUCGUGGAAGAAACGGGAUUGCGACUGCAAGGACCGGUACAAGCCGAGGUAUCGGCCCGCUCCUAAGCUACGGGCCGAAGACUUGCUCUGCACGUGUGGAGUUAGCGGCAACCGCAUCAGGCUGCCGGAGUGCAAAAAGUACGCGGAACGAGGACGCUCUAAAAGUGUCGGAUACGAGGCAGCGCGCGAAGUGACGCAAUUCCGACGAUGCGCAAGCGCCGGGGCCAGUGUUGGAGCAGAAACAGCGGCAGCGCUACGAGCGCGCGCCGCUCUUACGCUCGCUCGCCGCUACUACCCUGAAGGGGGGUGGGGGUGGACCAUCACAGUCGUGGGAACCAUCGUCCAGGUGUUAUCACAUGGAUUACAACUCGGAGGCGGGACGGGCGCCAUUGCCUGCACUGCUGCUGUGAAGUAUCGUGUGCCACCGCUUUAUACGCAUGCUGCACACGGCCAGAUCCUACUGCACCACCCAGAACUAUCGCACUACCUAAUUCCCAGGGACUACUCAGAACAGAUACCGGUUUCUAAUAGGAUACGGCUACGAUAUUCCGGAUCCGACCUAACAAUUGAGAAAACUGCUUGCAGUUAA